CCCGUUACUCUGGGUCUGGAAGGGCUAGCUAAGGAAUCAAGGAUGAAGCUCCUUUUUGUAGCUACCUUUGCUCUCUUUCUGCUCUCUACAUUUGACAAUGCUGACUCCUCAGCUUAUGACAAAAUAGUCGCCCACAGUCGCAUCAGGGCAAGGAAAGAAGGACCCAAUGUCUGUGCACUCCAGCAAGUCAUGGGGACCAAGAAGAAGUACUUUAGCACUUGUCGCAACUGGUACCAAGGGGCCAUCUGUGGAAAGAAAGCGACUGUACUUUACGAGUGCUGCCCUGGGUACAUGAAGCUGGACGGCAUGCGUGGUUGCCCUGCAGUUGCACCAAUUGACAACGUGUAUGGCAGUUUGGGUCUAGUCAAGGCCACUUCAACCCAAAGAUACUCAGACAUUUCUAAGCUAAGACCUGAGAUUGAGGGAUCAGGAUCCUACACUUUCUUUGCUCCUAGUAACGAGGCCUGGGAGCUUUUGGAAGAAGAUGUGAGGAAUGCACUGGUCAGCAAUGUCAACAUUGAAUUGUACAAUGCUCUUCAUUAUCACAUGGCCAACAAACGCUUCUUGACUAAAGAUUUAAGGAAUGGAAUGACAGUCACUUCCAUGUACAAUGACCUUGGUCUCCAUAUUAAUCAUUACUCCAAUGGGGUGGUGACUGUGAACUGCGCCAGGAUUAUCCAUGGAAACCAAGUUGCCACCAAUGGAGUUGUCCAUGUGAUUGACCGUGUCAUCAGCGCUGUUGGAAACUCCAUCCAAGAUACUAUUGAAGUCAAUGAUGACUUGUCGACUCUGACUGAUCUGUUUACAAAUGCUGAGCUGUUGGAAAAACUGGGUCAGCCAGGACAUUACACUCUCUUUGCCCCAACCAACGAAGCCUUUGACAAGCUCGGCAGUGAUGUGUUGGAGAGAAUUCAGAGCGACAAAGAGGUUCUCAAAGCUCUUCUGAAUUUCCACCUCCUGGACUCAGUCCAGUGCUCUGAGGCCAUCAUGGCUGGCAGCUCUUAUGAAACCCUGGAGGGCAACAACAUUGAAAUUGGUUGUGAUGGCGAGAGUUUAACGGUUAACGGCAUCAAAAUGGUGCGCACAAAGGACAUUGUCACCACCAAUGGUGUCAUCCACCUUAUUGAUGACGUACUCAUGCCAGACUCAGCUAAGCAGGUAAUGGAACUGUUGGGAACUUCCCAGUCAACCUUUGGUGACAUGGUGUCUGAGCUGGGCCUUUCUGCUGCCAUGAGAGCAGAUGCUGAGUACACUUUGUUGGCUCCUCUCAAUGAUGCCUUCACUGAUGAAGUAAUGUCCAUGGAUCAGAGGUUGCUUAAGAUUAUCCUGGAGAACCAUGUCUUGAAGAAUAAGAUUGUUCUGGGACAACUGUACAAUGGCCAGCGGCUAGAGACCAUCGGAGGAAAAAUUCUUAGGGUCUUCAUCUACCGCACAGCUGUGUGCAUUGAGAACGCCUGCCUGAUCAGAGGCAGUAAAGAAGGAAGCAAUGGGGCCCUUCAUCUCAUGAGGACCAUGUUGAAACCUGCAGAAAAAACUAUGUUCCAGAUUCUGACAGAAAAUGGAGGGUUCAAGAUCUUUUUGUCUCUGAUGGAAGCCGCCGGCUUGACUGACGUACUCCGACAGGAGGGAGACUUUACUCUGUUUGCCCCAAGCGAUAAGGCUUUUGCUGGUUUGAGCAGCAGUGAUUUGAACUUGCUGAAGAGUGACAUCAAUGCUCUCAGAACGAUCCUUCUGUAUCACAUCAAUAACGGUAUCUUCAUUGGUGGCGGUUUGGAGGCAGGAGUGACAAACCUCCUGAAGUCUCUCCAGGGCAGCAACCUCAGAGUGCUGUUUGCAAACAACUCUGUGCAAGUGAAUUCUGUCCGAGUCCCUGAGUCUGAUAUCAUGGCCACAAAUGGAGUCAUCCACUUUAUCAACCAAGUUUUGUAUCCCGGAGAUAUCCCAGUUGGAAGCCAGGAUCUCCUCAUGCUAUUCAAGAGGCUCAUCUCUUACAUGCAAAUCAAGUACAUUGCAGGAUUCAGAUAUCAGGAAAUCCCUCUUACAUUCAUGAAGACGAUCGUCACUCGUGUCGUCCAGGAAGUUCCUGAUGUAACCAAAGUGACAAGGGUUAUCCCAGGGGAGUCCUCCAUCACCAAGGUUACAAGGGUCAUUGAAAGUAAACCCUCUGUCACCAAGGUUACCAGGGUCAUUGAAGGUCAACCAUCUGUCACCAAGGUUACCAGGGUUGUCACAGGCCCUCAAUACUCAGUCAGCACUGGCACCAGCAACGUGGCGCUGGAAGCAGGAGUUGACCUUUCGGAAAUUACCACCAUUGAAGGGAAUGCAAAUUUUGACAGUGAAAGACUUACCAAAUUCAUCCAAAAAGGCAAUAAUAGAGGAACUCCUUCCCGACGGGUGUCAGCUGGCGGCAGGAGACGGGGAAGAGACUGAGCAUGGACAGAUGACAAUAUCGUCCUUAUAAAGGCAGAGAGAGAGACACCAAACCCAGAGGUUAAACCAGGUGUUUGAAAACAGGGAAUACACUUAAAAUGUCAGUGAUUUCAAAUAUACUGUAAAAGGUAUAACUGACAAAAAUAAAACUAUGCUCAUAAACAAUUUAAUGGUGCUUUGAAUGUGUAUACUGUAUAUUGAGUCUUCAGGUGCAGUAUGUGUAAACAGCUCAAAUGAACAUUUUUGGCUUGACUUUAAAUACACAGCAUGUCAGGGCAGCAAUAAAACCUUCUCAAUGCAAGCCAUUAGAAUAGCAAUAAAAACUUUGCAAUUUUAAACAUCUCUAGGCCUUUGCUAGAAGCGAAGGUUAAAUCAUAGAGAUUUUACAAGCUGUUUGGAAAGAUUUCUACAUCUCAGCAUGAUAAAGAGUGAAAAAAAAAAAGUGUUUUCUGACUGUAACUGUUGUAUUAUUUUUGACUUCUUUGGCUGUAAGUUGUUUAAGGUUUUCUAUAAAUUUUUGUCUUUGCUUGUAUCAUUUGGAAUGAUGUAGCCAAAUGCAGGUAUUUUUUUCUUUCUAUUUUUCAAACAUCUUCCAAUAAAGUGCUUUUGUUAAGAUACA